AUGGCUGGAUCGCUGGUGUACCUCUUCGACGUUUGGGUUGGCGAGAUGUCGGGUCAGGACGCGAUCCACGACAUGGACUUUAUGGUCCCAGCGGGAACUCGUCUGGACUUGGCCGACGGGACGUUGUGCUUGCCGGACGAGAUUCGCAUUCAUCUGUGA